GUACGGGCAUUUUAAGUGGGUGGUCAUGCAUUUUGGCCUCACCAACGCCCCGACGACCUUUCAAGCGGCAAUGGCCAAUGAGUUUUGUGCAAUGUUGGACCGGUUCGUGCUGGUCUACUUAGAUAAUAUUCUCGUCUACAGCCGGUCAUUGGAGGAUCAUCUUGGGCAUCUUCGACGAGUGUUGGAGACGCUGUGCCGCGCCAAGUACAAAGCCAACCGCGACAAGUGCGAAUUUGUCCGGCAAGAGUUGGAAUACUUGGACCAUUUUGUCACAUCGGAGGGCAUCAAUCCGCUAUCGAACAAGAUUCAAACCAUCCAGGAGUGGCCGGAGCCUCGGAACGUCACGGAUAUCCAUUCGUUCCUUGGCCUUGCCGGUUACUACCAGUGUUUUAUCAUAGGCUACUCGAAGAUCGCGGCCCACUUGAACAAGCUUCAAUGCGAGGAUCGGCCGUUUGACUUCGGAGAGGAGGUGCGGGGAUCUUUCUUGACUCUCAAAGUCGCACUAUUAUCUACGGAGGUCUUGCAGAUAUACGACCCGCUUUUGCCUACGAACGUCACUACUGAUGCGUCAGACUAUGGCAUUGGUGCAGUCCUUGAGCAACAUGAUGGUGUGGACUGACACCCGGUCGAGUAUUUCAGCAAGAAAGUGCCCAUCCUGCAUUCCACUGACGAUGCACGCAAGAAG